UGCCACACAGUCUCAGAGUCAGAGAAUACAGUUGGUGUCAAGAUGAAGGUACUUGUGCUUUUCGCUUUUGCCGUGCUGGGCAGCGCUCUGGUCGGAGCAAAAACUCUGACCAAGUGUGAGAUGAAGCAGCUGAUGGGGGAAGUGUUCAACUCCCUGCCAGACAGCAUGAAGCAGUCGGGCCUGAGUGGAGACCGCUUCGUGGCCAAAGUGGUCUGUCAUGUGGAGCAGCUGUCAGGCUUCAACACCAGCACCGUGACUGAGCUGAGGCGUGAGAAGGGACAGGGGUCGAGUGAGAGUGGAUCUGAAUCCGGAUCGGAGUCUGCCGAGGGGAGCCGCUCCAGAGGCAAACAUCAGUCUGGCAAGAAACAGGGGGGACGAAGCAACGAGGACGAUCAAGACAUGAAUCUUUAUGGUCUUUUCCAACUUGCUGAAGGCCUGGUGUGCAGCAGCGAGAACAACACCCUACCCAACCUGUGUGGCAUCAGUUGCAACAAACUGAUUGAUGACGACAUAUCUGAUGACAUCAACUGCCUGGUGAAACUCCUCACUGAGAUUGUCAAAAAUGGCUUCACGUCGGAGCACUCAAAGGGGGUGUGGAAAGCUAUCAAGAAACUCAUAGACGACAAGUGCAAGAAUGUUGACCAGUACUUCAGCGAUUGCUGAAAAAAUGUGUCAGCUUAUUUCUUUAAAUCUCAAUAAAAUGAUCUGUGUUCUUUCAUCACACUGUUCAGAUAACUAAAUAACUAAAUAAACAUAUGAAGCAUG